ACUUCCUGGAUACGCGGUCAGGGAAACAGUCCUCCUGUAUGUGUUUUUAAACUGUGUUACAUUGAUUUUCUGCUCUCAGUAAGCGCCCACCGCGCCUUUUAUACGCAGAAAACGGAUAAUUGUGGCGGAAUUACAGAUGAUAACGUAGCAGGAGAGCAAGGCAGAAAGGAAGGAAGAGCGCCACGUCACUGAUCCUCGGAGGAGUAAACCAUCAGCUCAGUACGACUCCAAAAGAUUAGACCGAGCCAGGACAUCGCCAGAGGUCCUGACGGUGGUCCUGUUUCUGCCUGUUCCAGAUUUAUCUGUGUUAUAAGACGAGGGGGCCGCCACACAUCUAGCAGCUCAAAAUGACGGCGUCAAACUGGGGUCUGAUCAUGAACGUGGUGAAUAGCAUCGUUGGAGUCAGUGUGCUCACCAUGCCCUUCUGCUUCAAACAGUGUGGGAUAGUGCUGGGUACUCUCUUGCUGUUCUUCUGUUCAUGGAUGACCCACAAGUCUUGCAUGUUUCUGGUCCACACCGCCAGCAACACCAAACGAAGGACUUAUGCUGGACUGGCCUUCCAUGCUUAUGGAAAACCUGGAAAAGCGCUUGUAGAGAUGAGUAUGAUCGGUUUGAUGCUUGGGACCUGUAUCGCCUUCUAUGUUGUCAUUGCUGACUUGGGCUCAAAUUUCUUUGCUCAGCUGCUGGGUUUACAGGUGACAGGCAGUUUCCGUGUGUUUCUGCUGAUCGCCGUUUCGCUGGUGGUUGUCCUCCCUCUGAGCCUGCAGAGGAACAUGAUGUCCUCCAUCCAGUCCUUUUCAGCCAUGGCUCUCAUCUUCUACACCCUGUUCAUGUUCACGAUAGUGAUGUCGUCUCUGCGCUACGGCAUAAUCUCGGGCUCCUGGGUGGAGCAGGUUCACCUGUGGCGCUUCAGGGGCGUCAUUCAGUGCCUGCCCAUUAUCGCCACAACCUUCUGCUGUCACCCGAACCCACUCAGAAUCAGCCGCCGUGUUCUGGGUGUGGGAGAUGUUUGUUGUUUUCAGGCACUUAAAGGAGCAAGACAUGGGAAACACAUGCUGAUGGUGCUGUCCUCGUUCAAACAUGGGCUGCUCAGCGGCUGGUGGCUAGGGCAGGUCUAUGUGGUGCGCUGGGAGGGUGUUUUUCGCUCUAUCCCUAUCUAUGGGAUGGCCUUCGCCUGCCAGUCACAGGUGCUGCCUACAUACGAUAGCCUGGACGAGCCGUCAGUCAAACGCAUGAGCACCAUCUUCACCUCUGCCCUCAACGUGGUCACCAUCUUCUACAUCACAGUGGGCUUCUUCGGCUACGUCAGCUUCACGGAGAACAUUGCUGGCAAUGUUCUCAUGAACUUUCCAUCCAACCUGGUGACAGAGAUGAUCCGUGUGGGCUUCAUGAUGUCCGUGGCUGUUGGAUUUCCCAUGAUGAUCCUACCCUGCCGCCAGGCUAUCAACACCAUGCUUUUUGAGCAGCAGCAGAAAGAUGGGACCUUUGCUGCCGGAGGUUACAUGCCCCCUCUGCGCUUCCAGAUGAUAACCCUCUGCAUUGUUUUUGGCACCAUGCUGGGAGGCAUUCUCAUCCCUAAUGUGGAAACCAUCCUGGGUCUGACUGGUGCCACCAUGGGUAGUCUCAUAUGCUUCAUAUGUCCUGCUCUCAUCUUCAGAAAGAUUCAGAAGAACGGCUUCAUUUCCCAGCUGGUUCUUUGUGUCGGUCUGGGAAUCCUCCUGAUCAGCACCUUCACCACGCUCUCUGUUUCAAGCAGCGGACCCAGCUACAAAGUCCCAGCUCCUCCUUUCCCGGCACCUAACAAGAAUAUCCCACCUCUACCAAACCUCCCUGACCUGCAUGAUGACUCUGCGGCCAAGAAACCUGUAGAAAUAGAGAAGCCUGAUCUUCCAGAAGGAAAUGUGGUGCCACCUGCAGAGAGAGAUGCUGAGCCCCCCCAGAUCAAAGGACCAGUUGAGAGGAAGAAGGAAGAAGUGGUGCAGCUGGACCGCCCUGACGCCGCUGUGCCAGAGGGAGAAGCUCAUCGCCACGAGCCGCCUAUCCCUCAAGAUGAAGUGAGGGUAGACUCGAGGAAGAACAACAUAGAACUGCAACAGGAAAAGAAGCAAGCUGGUUCCCUUGAAGAAGGUGCCAGAGAAGAACCACGAAAGGAUGAGCUGAGGCCUGGUCUGAAGGCAGAUGAAAGGAAAGAUGAAAACGAUGAAGAGAAAAAACCAGAGGCUGCUGGAAGUAAGGAGGAGGGAAAAGUGGGUGGCCAUGCGGUGGCCAAUGAGGUGCUGGAGAAGCCUGUUAGAGACGCGGGCGUAUCGGAUUCAGCUCCUCUUAAGGAGGUGGAAAAACCUGUCAAAGAUGCUGCUAAUGGAAAUGCAGCAAUGGCAACCGAUCAGGCAGCAGUAGUGCAAGUUGAAGAAGCUGCCAAACGACCAAAUGCUGCAGAAAAGGGUUUUGUAGGAGAGCAUCAUCCUGCUGCAGACGGAGGCGCAGCUGCAGACAGCAAAGAUACAGCAGAUGACAAGAUGGACGUGAUAAAAAAGCUGGUUGCAGAGGGCCAACUGGACCAUGCGGUGCUGCUUCAGGUGAUCAAGGAGCAGCAGGAGCAACAGAAGAGACUUCUUGACCAGCAGGAAAAACUACUGGCUGUCAUAGAGGAGCAGCACAAGGAAAUCCACCAGAAACAGCCAGGCGGAGCUGCAGACGUUGAGGCAGAGAAAAGUAUCCAGGAAGAAGGAGCGGCGAAAGCCAAAGAAUCUGUCGUAGAAACGGACCUGAAGGCAGCAGGAGCUGGAGGAGAAGAGGCUGCUGUUGUGGACCAGAAACAGGAUCCAGCUGGGAACACAGGAGCUGAAGUUGAGGCUGCUAAAGGGGCUGGUGCUGCAGCUUACAAGGAAGAUGCUAACGUUGCGCCUGGAGGAGAGUCUCAGCAGCAGCGUGAGCUGGGAGCGAGGGGAGUGCAACUAGAAAAGAAAAGACCUGAUGAGCCUCAAAAUGAUCAGGCAUCUCAGGUUAAAGAUGAAGAAAAAAAACUUGAUAAAGAAAAAGAAACAUUGGAGAAGCUUAAUAGGGAUAUAAAUAGAAAGGUGUCUAGUGAAAAUGUGCUAGAAAGGGAAAAACUUCAGAGACAAAUGAAAGAGAAGGAUGUAGAUGUACAACUGGCCAAAGAACUCCUGGAAAAGGAGAGACAGGAAAAACUAGCCAUCCAGCAGCAGUUGGAGAAAGAGAGAGCUGAAAAGGAAAGGAUAGAAAAAGAAGUUCAGGUUCGGGUGGAAAAGGAACGACUGGAGCGAGAGAGAAGAGAGAAGCUGAUCAGAGAGCAAGAGUCUGAGAAAGCGAAGCUAGCCGAGAAGCUUCAACAAGUAGACAAUGAAAUAAACGAGAGAGCGAAGAAAGAGCUGGAGACGAAGGAGACUCAGGAGAGGCUGGCCCAGCUGCGGCGGGCCAUAGAAGUCAGAAACGCUGAAAAUGCUGCACAGAGGGCUGAGGGAGAAGAUGCUGAAGCUUUGAAAUCAGGAGGAAGAGACCUCAAAGAAAAAGCUCCUGCUCUGUUGGACCCCGGAGAAGGGGUGGAAGAUGGGGCUGUCAGAGCCGAGGCACGCCUCCAGGGCUCCCACGAGAAGCUGAGGCAGCAGGUAGAGACGGAUCUGAGGCGCAGGAAGAGAGAACUGGGACCUGGAGAAGCCGCAGGGUUCUUGAAGGACUCUAGAGGAUCCAGAGGGGUCCCUGGACUGGAGCCCCUGCUGGAGUUGGGAGGCUCGGACCUGCAUGCUGCCCUGGAGCAGCAGCUGCUUGCUGGGGCGGUGGUGCACUCCAGGCAGAUUAAACAGGCCACAGAGGAUGAUGGAGCAAAAUAACACAUUCCUGUUUAAUGGCUUUACAGCACCUCCCCCACACCUGCAAAACCUCAGAAUACUGCACCAACACACUGCUGCCUUACGUUCCCGCUUCUGAAACGUGUGUACUCUAAAGAUGACCCAAAGGCUUCACUAAACUAUGUAAAUAUUAAUUUAUUUUUGUCUAGAAGAACAUCCUUUUGGAAAGGUCACUGUGUAAAUAUAUCUAUGCAAAGUCUGAUAUUUCUGACCAGGAAUAUUCUGUAUUUAAUGUUUGUUACAAGGUAAUCCUUGUUGAAGGGCAGCUGAUGGAUUCUGGCUCUGUAGAAUCUGUUCAUGCAUCAGUCUCUGUUCAGUUUGUGGAUUUCUCAUGUAAUAAAUCCCUGAUAAUCUGGAGUAAAGCUGUAUGGCUGCUCCCCAUUACAUCUUCAGGUCAAGGUGGCUAAGUUCAACCUUCACCUGGGAGGUUUAUAUAAUGUAGCUUCUAAUCUGGACAAUGACUGAACUUAUUUUACUAACUAUUCAUCAGCUUGCAGAUUUCUUGGUGCCUUCCCUUCUGUAUGCUGCAGUACAGACUUAAUGUGCAAUUUCUCUACGCUUUGUGCUCGUUUCUCCUCUGAACCUUCAUUUUUCUUCACAAAAAUUAUCAAAUUAGGAUGAUAAGUCUUGUGGUUUGAAAUCUUGUCUUUAUUUAAUGGUCUCUCCUGUGAAGAUCACAUUGUUAGUUAUCAUUUAACAUCUUAGACCUUCUUACAAGCAUAUUUUUGUAUGUGCAAUGUUUUCCUGUACACGAGAAUCAAAAGAUAUUCAACAACAUUGAUUGUUGGUUUGUUUGAAUAUGAACUGGUGAAAUGGUUUAUUCAGUAUAUUACAGAAUUGUGUUAUUAAAAACAAAUCUGAAACA